CACUCGGUACCGGGAAGCGGAGAGAGUCCGGCGGGCGCAUGGAGCGGUGAGCGCAGAGCCGGCGGAUUGAGAGUCCGGGAGGAGCGGCUCACAUUGUAACUUGAGGCGGAUAGUUUGUUGCUGGAGUUUGUUAAUUUGUUGCCGCUGGAGUAUCCGCUGUGACAACUGAUGAUGGCUGAUGAGGAUACAUAUCGUCUUGGAGUCUCUGGUAUUUAUGGCAUAGAUGAGUAUAACGCUUUGGACAUACCUGCUACCAUGUUUAACUCACCAAUGGGUCCCACAGACUCUCCACUACAGACAACUGAUGGACCAUAUUUGCAGAUUGUAGAGCAACCCAAACAGAGGGGUUUCCGUUUCCGAUAUGGAUGCGAGGGUCCAUCACAUGGAGGGUUACCCGGUGCUUCGAGUGAGAAAAACAAGAAAAGCUACCCAACUGUUAAGAUAUGCAACUACGUUGGACAGGCAAAGAUCGUUGUUCAGCUGGUGACCUUUGGCAGAGAUACUGUACAUCUCCAUGCCCACAGUCUUGUCGGUAAACAGUGUGAGAAAGGAAUAUGCUUAGUUCAAGUGGGGCCAAAGGAAAUGGUUUCAACAUUUCCAAACCUUGGUAUCCUUCACGUAACGAAGAAAAAUGUUGCCAGCACACUCGAGCAGAGAAUGACUCAGGCUUAUGUGAUGGGUUAUAAUAAUGGGGUUGUAAUUCACCCAGAAUUAAACCAUCGACACAGUGAGAGUUAUGGUCAAAGGGAACUCACAGAGCACGAAAAGGAUUUAAUCCACCAGGCGUCAAUACAACAGGCAAAAGAAAUGGACCUCAGUGUUGUGCGCCUCAUGUUUACAGCACUUCUUCCAGACAGCAGCUGUCAAUUUACACGGAAACUGGAACCUGUUAUUUCCGACCCAAUCUACGACAGCAAGGCACCAAAUGCAUCAAAUUUGAGGAUUGUCAGAAUGGAUAAGACUGCUGGAUGUGUGAUUGGAGGAGAUGAAGUUUACUUGCUCUGUGAUAAAGUCCAGAAAGAUGACAUCCAGGUUCGAUUCUAUGAAGAGGAUGAAAAUGGUGGAAUCUGGGAAGCGUUCGGGGACUUUGGUCCAACAGAUGUCCAUCGGCAGUUUGCUAUUGUGUUUAGAACGCCAAAAUACCGGGACGUGGACAUUUCCAAACCUGCGUCUGUCUUUGUGCAGCUUCGUAGAAAAUCUGAUAAUGAAACAAGUGAACCAAAGCCGUUCACAUACUACCCACUGAUUAAAGAUAAAGAGGAAGUACAAAGGAAGCGACUGAAACUUUUGCCGAAUUUCUCUGACCAUUUUGGAGGUGGAGCAGGUUCAGGCGGAGGUGGAGUUUAUGGAGGAGGGAAUGGUGCAGGCGGGUGUUCCAAUUACUUUGGAUAUCAAGGAUUUUCCAACUACGGAAGUUACGCAUACACCCCAGGAACUACAAACUCCAGUGCUGGAAUGAAACAUGCUGCCAGUUACCCGAAUGAGCAUCACGAUGGUAAUAUGGUAACUGCUGGGAAUUCUAUAUCCAGUAACCAGUCAAAUUCCCAGCCCACACCUGAAUCCACAGAGUUCCUAAAUAACUCAGAUGCUGCAGAUCCAGCAGAAAUAGGUGAAGAACUUCAAGAAGCAAACCGAUAUUUCCUGGAGAAAGCCCUGUCCCUUGCUGAGAGACACGCGAAUGCCCUCCUGGACUAUUCAACAACUGGUGAUGCCAAGAUGCUUCUGGCUGUUCAAUGCCACCUUACUGCAGUUCAAGACCAGAAUGGAGAUACGGCUUUACAUCUUGCAAUUAUUCAUCUCCAACCUGUGGUAGCUCAACAUCUUUUACAAGUUAUCAUUAGUCUUCCCGGACAAGACAUCAUCAACAUGAGGAAUGAUCUUUAUCAGACUCCAUUGCAUCUGGCAGUUAUCACAAGGCAGGUAGAGGUGGUGGAAUUACUACUCCAGGCUGGAGCUGAUGUGGGUCUCCUGGAUUGCCACAGUAACUCCGUUCUACACCUGGCUGCGGAACAGGGAGACGUGAAGAUGCUCAGUGUCCUGCUAAGCAAAAGGAACAAGGCUGUCCUGGACCUCCUCCAUCUGCCAAAUAAUGCAGGUUUCAAUGCUAUUCACCUGGCUGUGUUAGCAAACAGUCUCUCCUCCUUAAGGCAGCUAAUUGUAGCGGGAGCUGAGGUGGAUGCUCCAGAGCAGCGCUCAGGUCGAACUGCACUCCACCUUGCAGUCGAGCAGCAAAACAUCUCUUUAGCUGGUAGCCUUCUCUUGGAGGGCAAUGCGGAAGUUGAUGCCACCACAUUUGAUGGAUCUACAGCACUUCACAUAGCAGCAGGAAGAGGCUGUACCAAACUUUGUGCCCUACUAAUGGCAGCGGGUGCAGAUCCACAGAUUGAGAAUCAUGAACCUUUGGAUGACAAAUCUGAUGAGUCUGUUGAUGAUGAUGAUGAAGGGAUUUUUCAUGGGACCACACCCUUGGACAUGGCAGCCUCAGAAGAGGUAUAUGAUAUCCUAAAUGGUAAACCCUACCAACCAAAACCAGCAUCUGUUGCUCCUUUUCCACAAGGUGAUUUAGGACAACUGGAUGUAGAAGCAAGGCUGGAGCUGUGUAAACUGUUGGAGGUGCCUGAACCCAGUCUGAACUGGAUGACUCUCGCACAGAAAUUGGGUCUUGGGAUUCUAAUCAACGCCUUUAAACUUAGCCAUUCACCAGCAAAAACUCUGCUAGAUAACUAUGAGGUAUCUGGUGGUACAGUCACGGAGAUUCUGGAAACACUGAAGUCUAUGGGCUACAGUAAAGCAAUUGCCGUGCUUCAAAAAGCAAUGGCUAACUCAGCAAACACACAACCAGAUGAUGUACACAACUCACCAACACCCAUUGAACAGCACAACAAUGUUCAGAUUGACCCAAAAUCCCAGCAGUGUGACAGCGUGUGUGACAGUGGAGUGGAGACAUCAUUUAGGAGAUUAAGCCACAUGUCAUCAGAAUCUUUCAGCAACAACCAGGCUUCGUUCGAACUGUGACAUUUGCAGCAAGAAUCUCAGUAAAGAGUUGAUUAAUCAAGACCAACUGAAGCGAGUACAGUUAAUAAAUGUCAACCUGGUUGGAAUCUGUGAAACAUUUAGCCUCACCUGUAUAAUCUCAGCUUUGAUUACUGCCAUAAGGCAUAACUAUUUUAAAUAUUAAACAGGUCAGUGCUUGGAAUUAAACAUCACUUAGCUCCCCAUAGGUUUAUUUCAGCUAUUUAAAAAAAAAUACAUGGAUCAAAGAUUAUGAACGAAGAUGCCAAUAGUCUUGUGUUCAAGCUUCACUCCAGAAACUUGAGCACAAAAAUGGUGCACUGUGCUGUUGGAGCUGUCGUCUGCCCUUUCAGGUGCACAUAAUGAUGGGGAAUUCUCUCCAAUGCCCUGGCCACAAUUUAUCCCGUAAUCAGAUUCUGUGGGAUCUUGCUGUGCACAAAUCAGCUGCAUUCUGACAGUGCAAGCAGUACUUCAUUGGCUGUAAACGCUUUAGGAUAUCCUGAGGUUCAGCAAGUCUUUCUUUCUUAGUACUCAUAAGUAUUAACAAAGAAAAGCUUCACCGAAGGUUUGUUUGCAAUCUUUACUUAUGGCUGUUUAUUUUUGCAAAUGCAGGAAAUGAAUGUGAGGGUUUUGCUCGAUUAUGUCGAUGAGUUUAUACUGUGUUUUGAGUUGUACAUUUAUCACAGAUUAUCUCAUCAAUCUUUUACUCAUUCUCAAAUAGAUAUUUGUAAAUAGUCUCAGCAGCCUCUGUUGCCUCAAUUUGUCAGAUUUUUUAUUUUUGCUUAAUGUAGUUUAAAAUUUAGCUUUUUUAAUAAACAAUAAAAAAGGACCAA